CUAUCCGCUAGAAUCGCAAUGCUGCUGUUUUGCCUCAUGCUCUGGUGCACCUUCGCCGACGGUUGCACUGUGGAGCGCCGUGAAGAGGAAAUGCCACCGGAGUUCCUUCAAAGCGAAUCCACGAACACACGCUUCCUUGCCCCGAUACUUCGUGCGCACUACCGUGCCUUUGCGUUAGAAGUGCAUUUUCGCAGCUGGAAUGGCAACGACACCCAGCGACAGCUUACACCCUGGCAGGGCGAACUCAUCGACGACGCGCUGUGCCGCAAUGCCGACUGGAUGAUCGUGUCCUUUGCUGAUCUGCUCGCACCCGCCGUACAGCGUCGAUCCGCUCACUACAGCGUGCUGUUGAUGCUAGACUAUGAUGCACUUUGCAGCUGGUUGCAGCAUGGUUUAGACAGCGGAGCAUACCAUUUCGACGGGCUGUACACGAUCGUCAUCGAACAGCUUGCCGAUCGUGGGCAGCUUCAUGCCGUGAUGAGGGAGCUGUGGAACCGGCAGAUCAUCAACGUCGUCGUCGUGGUCGUCUUGGCGAGUGGGGAAGCAGAUAAUCGCGGUGAACUGGUAGCCUACUCGUACGAUCCGUAUAGGGAAGGACAGUGCGGCAACGCAGCACCGUACGAGAUCGGUCGGUAUGCGAACGACAACGGUACGUGGGAUCGUUUGGCGGGCUGGUUCCCGAACCGAUUGACGAACCUGCACGGAUGCUCCUUGACCGUUGGCACGGUGGAGGUGUCCCCGUUCUCCAUGACCCGUACCGUGGACAAUCGCACCGUGCAAUACGGGCUGGAGGUGCACAUCGUCGACACGCUUGCCGCCCGGCUCAACUUCACCUUCCGGUACGUGCGGCCAACGGAUGGCGUAAAGUGGGGCAUACUGUACGCCGCGAACAGUACCGGGCUGGUCGGGUUGCUGCAGCGCCGGGGGGCGGACUUUGGCUUCGGCAGUCUCGGCUUUUCGCUCAACCGCCACACGUACCUGCGGAUGGGCGUACCGAACCACAUGACGCAGAUGAUCAUGGGCAUACCGCCGAAGCGUCCGUACACCUCGUUCGAGAAGCUGUUCCAACCGUUCGCGGUCGACGCGUGGCUUUGCAUUGCGCUCGGGUACGCAGCGUUCGCGCUGGUCACGCUGGCACUGGUCACGGUUAACCGUCGUCUCGCGCGCGAACCGGCGCUCCAGCAUCCGCUGUACCAGCUGUGGGUGCUGCUGAUGGGCGGUGCCGUCGGAUGGUUGCGGCUGGACAGUACGCGCCUGUUCCUCAUCGGUUUCGUCCUGAACGCGCUCGUCAUACGGACGCUCUUCCAGGCGGGCCUGUUCCAGCGGCUCCAGUCGUCCGCGUCGCUUGCGUCCGAUUUGAACACGCUCGAGGCGAUCAACCGGGCCGGCCUGUACUACAACAUGUUCCGUGCGUCGCUGCAAUUCUACAGAGACAAUCCCUCCAUACCCGCCAGUCGCAUCAAGCUGGUACCGAACGAUCAGCGGGAUUGGGAUGAUCUGUUUUACGAGCUGUCCCAGGAUCGGCUGGGCGGUGUCAUGGUGAGCCCGCUCGACUGCAUCGCCUACUACGUGAAGCGCCGCGGCAAGGACGGUGUGGUGUACGUGGGCAAGGACACCGGCUUCAUGUACAACCUGGGAUUCCACUAUCCCAAAUCGACCGCCCUGCAGCGACCGUUCGAUGGAUGGAUACUGCGCAUGCAUGCCGCCGGCCUGGUGCACCACUGGUCGGAGGAGUACCGCGACAAUCGCUACUGGACCAAUGCGAAGGAAGACUCGGAACCGGCCAGCCUGCGGUGGAACCAAAUUUCUGGCGGCUUCUAUCUGUGCAGUGCGUUGAUGCUGUUGGCGACGGUUGUGUUGCUGGGGGAGAUAGUAUACUAUCGCCUGCGCACCCGUCGGCUGCUCCAACGACGCUGCGGAAGGAAGAUACGAACCCGCCGCAAAAAAAGUGUCUAAGCCAAACAUAGUGCAUUCGCAAUCGUGUAGUAGUGAUAAGAUGUGUUUGGCACGCCGUAAUAGUUACACUGAGCUGCUUUACAAUGCCCCCUCCUGUCCCAUGGGUCAGUCAAUUGCCACUCACCGUAGUGUUUGUAGUAUGCCUUAUCUGCUCACCUUAUGCGCGUCACACACGCGGAAGCGUAGACAAAGAAUAGGUGCAAAAAAUAAACACCGGAACACAGCAACACGCUCGCCGCUCGGCUCCAUCUCUGGGCAGUCACCAUAGCGACCGGUUUUCGCCAAAUAUGACUCACCCCUUGUUAUAGGGGUGGUGGGUGAUCCGAAACGUGUAUCCAUUUUGUGCCGAGACAACCGAACCGGGAAGAGGAAGCGAUCCGAUGGGUUAGUGUGUUUGCACACCAUCAUAAAUUGGCUCCUACAGACGAACGGUUGGUACGUUUGUGAGUGCAUAAAAUCAAAUUGUAUGUGUGUGUGUGCUUUUUUCUAUGUUCAGCAUAUUUUGUUUGGGAGCAAUGGUAGGAUAGAUCAUUUGCGUUGAGUUGCGUUGAGAGUCCUACAGUGGCUCACCAAAUUGAUGCUACAAUACUCAACUUUGCCGCUGUUUUUAUUUUUUUUUCAGUAUUGUCAAACUCUAAUUAGAUUUACAAGUUUUGAAUAUUUACUUUUCCGAGUAUCGAUUCCGAUGUAAACAAUAACAUCAUGUUUUUUUUAUCUGCAAUAUUUUGGCCGCACUGUGGCAGGAAUUCAAAUAAUUGGAUAUACACCUAUGAUUAUACUAGCGAAUGUAGCACAAGCACAUACAUUAGUUUUAAUGAACAACGAGAGCCGCCAGACUUCUUAGGCUACCAUUAAAUGUGGA